AGUUUGGUGGAAAGUCAGGGGCACAUGUCCUCUACCCUUUAUCACACCACGCCGAUUCGCCCCCGUCUGCCCUCCCCCACUCUUCUCACUCUACAAAGUACACCAACCUUCCUCUCUUUGCCUGAUUAAAUUUUGUCUUCUUAUUAAAGAGGCGGAGAACAAACCGGAAGAAGAAAAAAAGAAUAAAUAAAAAGAGAAGAGAGGAGGAAAUAGAAGAGGAUAUCAUGUGCCCGACGAAGCAAAAACACCGGGCUUCCGCCGCGGAAUCCGCCAGCCAAUACUCCAGAUCGGGUUCAACAGCUACUACUACUACUACUACGACUACAGCAUCAUCAAUCCCCGUUUGGAUCGCUGAGUCAAUUAACGGUGGAUCCUUGCGGCACGUCGACCUUGAUAAAGGAACUAACGGUUGGGCAUCACCCCCCGGUGAUCAUUUCUCUCUCCGUUCUAAAAACUACCUGACCAAACGACAAAAAUCGCCUGCCGGCGACUAUCUGCUCGUUCCCCUUGGUAUGGACUGGCUCAAGUCCACUUCCAAGCUCGACGACGUGCUCUCCCGUCCCGACAACCGUGUUUCUCACGCGCUCAGUAAAGCUCAGUCCCAAGGCAAAUCCAUGAAAAGCUUCAUUUUCGCCAUCAAUCUCCAGGUCCCAGGGAAAGAUCAUUAUAGCGCUGUUUUUUAUUUCGCCGCGGAGGAUCCUAUCCCUUCUGGUUCGUUGCUUUACCGGUUCAUCAACGGCGACGAUGCCUUCAGGAACCAACGGUUCAAGAUCGUCAACAGGAUCGUCAAAGGACCGUGGAUCGUCAAAAAGGCUGUGGGCAAUUACGCGGCGUGCUUGCUAGGUAAAGCUUUAACGUGUAAUUAUCAUAGAGGAGCUAACUAUCUUGAAAUUGACGUGGAUAUCGCGAGCUCGGCAAUCGCUAACGCGAUUUUGCAUCUCGCAUUGGGAUACGUGACGAGCGUAACAAUCGAUAUGGGAUUUGUGGUGGAAGGGCAGACCGAGAAUGAGUUGCCGGAGAAGUUGAUCGGUGCGGUCAGGGUUUGCCAGAUGGAGAUGUCGUCGGCCACUUUGAUUGACCCACUUACGCCACCGAUUCAGACAGCGGCGGCGCGUGGGAUGGGUUGUUCUAAGGUUAAUCACCAUAAGUCCGGUGAUGAAGAUGAUAAUCAGAUAUGAUGUGACGAAGGUUAAUCUUAACGCCCCCUCACCCCUUUUUUUUUCUCAAUUUUAAAUUUAAUCAUUUCUCUUUUAUCAUAUGAAUUGGAUUCUCUUUUCUGGAGGGGAUUGAUGGUUGUAGAUAAUAAAGUGGAUAACAAAUAACAAUGUGCUCGGAUUUUCCAUCUCUUUUCUUCGUUUUCAA